AUGUUUUAUUACUCGUAUGCUUUCAACCAAAAUAUUGGAAAUUGGGACACGUCCAAAGUAACCAGCUUGGAUAGAAUGUUUUAUCUCGCGAAAGUGUUCGACCAACCGAUCGGGACCUGGGAUACGUCGCAGGUGACGAACAUGUACCAAAUCUUUCGUCACGCGUAUACGUUUAAUCAGCCGAUUGGAAACUGGGACACGUCGUCGGUGACGUCUAUGCAAGAAAUGUUUUACGAAGAUUACGCAUUUAAUCAAAACAUCAGUGGUUGGGACACGUCGCAAGUCACCAGUUUUUCCAACAUUUUUGCGUACGCGAAAGCGUUUCAGGCGAAAUACACGUGCACAAAUUCUGCGAAGCUUUCUGUCGAUCCGUCGACGUGCACGACCGUCGACCCCGAUUGGACCGAGCAGUGGUACGAGACUGUGACUCCUAUCCCUGCCGACGGGUGGCAUUCUGCAGUCUAUCGCUGUUUAGGUGAGAAUUAUAACGGCGCGUGCACGACUUGGGGAUCAAAAACCAAUCACGGCGUCAUAUCCGACUGGAACACGAGUUUGGUGACGGAUAUGAGCGGAUAUGGGACAACGUAUCAAGGCUUCGGGACGAAACACGACACCGGAAAUAUACGAUAUUUCAACGGCGAUAUUUCCGAUUGGGACACUUCGCAAGUAACAAACAUGUACCAAAUGUUCCGAGGGUCUAUAUCGUUCAAUAGAAAUAUUGGAAAUUGGGACACGUCGCAAGUGACUGAUAUGAUACUCAUGUUUUAUUACUCGUAUGCUUUCAACCAAAAUAUUGGAAAUUGGGACACGUCCAAAGUAACCAGCUUGGAUCAAAUGUUUUAUCUCGCGAAAGUGUUCGACCAACCGAUCGGGACCUGGGAUACGUCGCAGGUGACGAACAUGUACCGAAUGUUUCGUCACGCGUAUACGUUUAAUCAGCCGAUUGGAAACUGGGACACGUCGUCGGUGACGUCUAUGCAAGAAAUGUUUUACGAAGAUUACGCGUUUAAUCAAAACAUCAGUGGUUGGGACACGUCGCAAGUCACCAGUUUUUCCAACAUUUUUGCGUACGCGAAAGCGUUUCAGGCGAAAUACACGUGCACAAAUUCUGCGAAGCUUUCUGUCGAUCCGUCGACGUGCACGACCGUCGACCCCGAUUGGACCGAGCAGUGGUACGAGACUGUGACUCCUAUCCCUGCCGACGGGUGGCAUUCUGCAGUCUAUCGCUGUUUAGGUGAGAAUUAUAACGGCGCGUGCACGAGUUGGGGAUCAAAAACCAAUCACGGCGUCAUAUCCGACUGGAACACGAGUUUGGUGACGGAUAUGAGCGGAUGGGGGACAGAGGGUCAAGGCUUCGGGACGAAACACGACACCGGAAAUAUACGAUAUUUCAACGGCGAUAUUUCCGAUUGGGACACUUCGCAAGUAACAAACAUGUACCAAAUGUUCCGAGGGUCUAUAUCGUUCAAUAGAAAUAUUGGAAAUUGGGACACGUCGCAAGUGACUGAUAUGAUACUCAUGUUUUAUUACUCGUAUGCUUUCAACCAAAAUAUUGGAAAUUGGGACACGUCCAAAGUAACCAGCUUGGAUCAAAUGUUUUAUCUCGCGAAAGUGUUCGACCAACCGAUCGGGACCUGGGAUACGUCGCAGGUGACGAACAUGUACCGAAUGUUUCGUCACGCGUAUAAGUUUAAUCAGCCGAUUGGAAACUGGGACACGUCGUCGGUGACGUCUAUGCAAGAAAUGUUUUACGAAGAUUACGCAUUUAAUCAGCCGAUUGGAAACUGGAACACGUCGCAAGUAACCUCUAUGACUAAUAUGUUUUACAAAGCGAAUACAUUCAACUACGAUAUUUCCAUCUGGACUGGUUUGGCGGCGACGACGGCGCAGGGUGGCAUCUUUAACUACGCGACUGCUUUUCAAGCGAAAUUCGCGUGCACCAACGCCGUCACCGGUCCACUGAGUUCGUGCGCGUGUACCGAUUGCAUCCCGGACGCGAGUUGGCACGCGUUUGUCUCGGAAUGCUUAGAACUUGAACCAAAAUACGGCGAAUGCAUGAGUUGGGAUAAAGUAGGGACGUACGGGACGAUGCCGAAUUGGGAUACCGGAUUGGUGACGGAUAUGGGUAAAAAAUACUCCUCGGAAAGAGGUUACAUGGGGUUCUACAAUCAAACAGAUUUCCGAGGCGAUCUUUCGAAAUGGGACACGUCGCGCGUGAAAUCCAUGGAAUCUAUGUUUUACGACGCCGCAUCGUUUAUUGGCGACGGCAUCUCAAAUUGGGACGUUUCUCACGUGAUGAAUAUGGAUAGCAUGUUUUAUAAAUCUUUGGCGUUUAACCAACCUAUCGGGAGUUGGGACACGUCCAAAGUCACGGACAUGUACGCAAUGUUUGAAUCUGUCGCCUCGUUUAACCAAGACAUUACAAACUGGGACGUCUCUCAAGUGACGAGCAUGGAACGGAUGUUUUACGAGUGUUCUUCAUUCGACCAAGACGUUUCUGCGUGGACCGGUGUCGCGUCCACGACGGCGCAAACCGACAUGUUUUAUGCGGCGACUUCGUUUCGAACGAAAUUCGCGUGUGCGAACGCGAACGACGGCCCGGCGAAUACGUGCACGUUGCCGGAACCGAUUCUCGAUGCAAACUGGCACGCGUACGUCGCAGAGUGUUUAGCGAUUGCGCCGAUGGAUGGUUUGUGCACUUCGUGGGACAAAUACGGCGCGCACGGCGCGAUGCCGAAUUGGGACGUGAGUUUGGUGACGGAUAUGAGUGGAUGGACUGGAAGUGCAUUUGAAGGCUUUGGCGGUAAAAGUACAUUCAACGCUGAUAUUUCGAAGUGGGAUACAGGGAAAGUGACUUCUAUGUAUUCUAUGUUUUAUCAAGCUUCUGCGUUCAACCAAGACAUUGGGGGUUGGAACACAGCGCAAGUAACGACUAUGCAGGGGAUGUUUCAUGUCGCUUCUGUGUUCAACCAAGACAUUGGGAGUUGGAAUACAGAGCAAGUGACGACUAUGAGAGCUAUCUUUCAAUACGCUUCAGCGUUCAACCAAAACAUUGGGGAUUGGAAUACAGCGCAGGUGACUGAUAUGACACAAAUGUUUAACUACGCGACUGCUUUUCAAGCGAAAUUUACGUGCACCAACGCCGUCUCCGGUCCACCGAAUUCGUGCGCGUGUACCAAGUGCAUCCCGGACGCGAGUUGGCACGCGUUUGUCUCGGAUUGCUUAGCGGAAGCGCCGGUAACUGGCGAGUGCACUGAGUGGGCGUCUGGAAAACCGUAUGGAACGAUGCCGAAUUGGGACGUGAGUUUGGUGACGGAUAUGAGUGGAUGGACUGGAAGUGCACAUAAAGGAUUUGGUGGUAAAAGUACAUUCAACGGCGAUAUUUCGAAGUGGGAUACAGGGAAAGUGACUGAUAUGAAUCAUAUGUUUUAUAAAGCUUAUGCGUUCAACCAAGACAUUGGGAGUUGGAACACAGCGCAAGUGACUCGUAUAAAUGGAAUGUUUGCUGAAGCUUCUGCGUUCAACCAAGACAUUGGAAGUUGGACGACGUCGUCAGUGACGAGAAUGGAUUAUAUGUUUUAUAAAGCUUCUGCGUUCAACCACGACAUUUCCUCGUGGAGCGGAUUCGCGGCGACGACGGCGCAACUUGACAUGUUUCGCGACGCGACUGCUUUUCAAGCGAAAUUUACGUGCACCAACGCCGUCUCCGGUCCGGCGAGUUCGUGCGUGCUCAAGUAG